UACAUUCGUGUUCUGGCCUUAUCUUCCCUCUCACUCUCAGUCUCUCAGUCUCUCAGAGUCUCUAUAUAAACCUAGAGCCCCUCACCCUUCACCGGCUCUGUCUAUCAUUUCAAACCUAGAAUAUCUUCAAGCCGCUUCUAUCUCAUUUUCUUCUACCCCUAUCUUCUUCUCUACGAGCUUUUUGCAGAGGAGGAGGAAGGAGUGUGGAAGCGAAUUGAGUAAAGCCCAAGCCAUCAUCCAAUGGCUUCGAUUAUCGGAGUUUCCUCUAUAUACUACCAGACUCCAUGUGAGUUGUAUAAAAGAGCUGCCGCGCCUGUAGCUUCCACGACGGCCCCGGCGACGAGCAGUGGCGGCGGCGGCGGUGUUUCGUUGGCGUUUCCGGAGAGGCAGAGGGCGCACUUCAACAGUGUUUUGAGAGCGAGGAGUGUUUUCGCUACUCAGGCGAUUGCGACGCCUAAUUCUGUGCUCAGUGAAGAGGCCUUCAAGGGGCUAGGGGACUUUUCCAAGGGGGAGCUGGACUCGGAGUCGGAGUAUGAGUCGGAGAGUGAUGUGGUUGAGCCGGUUAGUAAAGACGAGCUGGCUCUUUCGAAAUUGGGCCUGCCUCAGAGGCUUGCGGAUAGUCUUGAGAGGCGUGGCAUUUCUUCGCUUUUUCCCAUUCAGAGAGCUGUGCUAGUGCCGGCACUGGAAGGUCGAGACAUCAUAGCUCGUGCAAAGACUGGGACUGGGAAGACAUUGGCCUUUGGGAUUCCCAUACUUAAACGCCUUACAGAAGAUGAUGAACAGAGAGGUUCAAGGCGGUCUGGUUAUCUUCCUAGAGUUCUGGUCCUUGCACCAACUCGGGAGUUAGCGAAGCAAGUGGACAAGGAGAUUAAAGAAUCUGCACCUUAUCUGAACACUGUUUGCGUCUAUGGAGGAGUUUCAUACGUAACGCAACAGAGUGCUCUUUCUCGUGGGGUUGACGUAGUGGUUGGAACUCCUGGUCGGCUUAUUGACCUGAUAAACGGCGGCAGCCUCAAGUUGGGUGAAGUUCAAUAUUUGGUACUUGAUGAAGCUGAUCAGAUGCUUGCUGUUGGAUUUGAGGAAGAUGUGGAAACAAUUCUACAAAGGCUCCCAGCUCAGAGGCAGAGCAUGCUUUUUUCUGCAACUAUGCCCACUUGGGUGAAAAAACUAGCACGAAAAUAUUUGGACAAUCCAUUGACGAUUGAUUUGGUUGGUGAUCAAGAUGAGAAGCUUGCAGAAGGGAUCAAACUCUAUGCUCUAUCAACCACAAACUCUUCAAAGCGGACUAUUCUUAGUGAUCUUAUAACAGUUUAUGCAAAGGGUGGGAAGACCAUUGUUUUUACACAAACAAAACGUGAUGCUGAUGAAGUGUCAAUGUCAUUGACGACUAGCAUAGCUUCUGAGGCAUUGCAUGGAGAUAUAUCACAACAUCAAAGGGAGAGAACCCUUAAUGGUUUUCGGCAAGGAAAAUUCACUGUGCUCGUUGCCACUGAUGUUGCAUCCCGUGGACUUGAUAUUCCCAACGUUGACUUGGUUAUCCACUAUGAACUUCCCAAUGAUUCAGAGACAUUUGUACAUCGCUCUGGUCGUACUGGACGUGCAGGGAAACUCGGUAAUGCCGUUCUGAUGUUUACUAAUAACCAGAGGAGAACAGUCAAAACUCUUGAGCGUGAUGUGGGAUGCAGGUUUGAGUUUGUUACUCCGCCAACCGUUGAGGAGGUUUUGGAGUCAUCUGCUUCACAUGUGGUUGCUACUCUCAAUGGGGUUCAUCCUGAAUCCAUACAGUUUUUUACACCAACGGCACAGAGACUGAUUGAAGAACAGGGAACAACUGCUCUUGCUGCUGCACUGGCACAGCUAAGUGGAUUUUCCCGACCUCCGUCAUCCCGGUCUCUAAUCAGUCAUGAGCCGGGGUGGACGACAUUGCAAAUAAUUCGGGAUCCAGCUUUUGCCAGAGGUUACCUGUCUGCUAGAUCUGUCACUGGGUUUCUUUCAGAUGUUUAUUCUGCAGCUGCUGAUGAACUUGGAAAAAUAUAUUUAAUUGCAGAUGAAAGGGUUUGUUUCUACUAUAUCUCAUAGUUCAUUCCAGUGCCAUACUUUAUUCAAUGUGAACUUUGUGAUGCAGUUCCAGAGGAGAUUGCAAAAGAGUUGCUGAAGAGGCAAAUACCUCCUGGAAACAGUAUUUCCAAGAUCAGCAAGUUGCCUUCUCUGCAAGAUGACGGGCCAGUGAGUGACAACUAUGGCAGGUUUUCAGCUAGGGAUCGGAGUAGUCGACGGGGAAGUUUUAGUAGUGGACGGGGAGGUAGUGGUGGACGGGGAGGUUUUAGAAGUAGCUCUAGGGGUGGAUGGGGAGGCGGCCGAGGUUCUAGUGAUGGUGAUGAUGAUUUUAGGAGUAGCAGAGGAAGUUUUAAUAGAUCUAGCAGCAGCCGACCUCGGAUGACAAGAAGUAUGGAUGAUGAUUGGCUUAUUGGAGGUACACGAACAGGCAGAAUACCACCACGAGACAGAAGCUUUGGAGGUUCCUGUUUCAAUUGUGGGCAGUCUGGGCACAGGGCAUCAGAGUGUCCUCAGAAACAAGGAUAUUAGAUGUGCAUCCUUAAACAUCAGUUUUCCAGCACCAUUGGUGGGUUAAAGGUGGCUGCUACGGGUGCUCUGUGCAUUGCUUUGUACUAUUUUGUGUUUGUGGACGGUUGUGAGAUUGGGAGAUGUUCGUUCCUCCAGGGUCACAAGAAUCAGAUUUAACCAUACUUUGAAAAGAGUUAUAGGAAUUAGUUUUGAACUGCUCUUCUCUCCGUCUCCCACAUGUAUUUUGUUUGACAAUAUAGUUUUACCUAUGCAUUAAAAGUAGGCGUGCAUUUUAAACUUAAAUAGGAACAAUUGAUGUCUUCGAAAGUUUGGAAUUGCUGUUAAGGGUAUUAUUAUUCUUUAGACAGUUUGACAUGUUAUUUUGUCACACUGAUUUCAAACAAGAAUAUACAACAUCCGAUCUCUUGGUUUCAUUA